GCUUUAAAAAUGUCGCCUAUAUAAUCUAUCCACAACAUCAACACGUUCUUAAAAUGUGUUCGAUUCAAUGCGGGUGACAGUGGCAAUAAAAAACUUGUUUGAGACAACCUCAAGGUCUCAAAAUGUAAACACUAGAACUAGAUUGCGAAACUUUGAUGAAUAUAGUAAUAUAAAGCAUAUAAACCGAGUUAAUUUACAGAGUCCUGUCAGUAAACUCAACAGACUGUAUUGUGGGUUAUAGUUUUGCAUGAAAAUGAUUAAACUCAACAGUCAAAAAAAAAAAAAAAACCACCAUGUGUCACUUCUUUCCUAAUACUUGGUUAUGCUUCCCCUAGCCAAUUCCAAGACUGCUCCAGAGUUCCUGUCAAUCUUGCUAACAAGACUUUGAGGCCUAUUUUUGUUAUUUCACCUGUUGUUCCUUAGUGGGGGUGUUUGUGGUUUUUUGGUAAUGUGAAAAGCUGCAAUUUUGGCCUUAUUUACUUCAAGAAUAAGAAAAAAGAGAAGCUGGUGAAGGAAUUGUUUCUAACAAGAGGAACUAACUUUAUUCUGACUUGUUCUACAACAUGAAAUGUAACACGUCAUGGGAAAAAUUGCAACAUCAUGCUUUAAUAAACAAAAAAUUUGUUAGCUUUCGCAAGCUUUAGCUGUGGUAUAAGAGGAAUAAAACACUUUGGGAUGUGCUGUUAUUGUAAAAUAAUGAACUUUGGGGUGCUAAGAAAUAACUUGUUACACCACCCAGUCAGUGAUUUAUUUUCCUACAAGAGAACACCCAAGUGUUUUAUUCUUUAUGUAUAUCACAUUCAGAUACAAACUUUCAAUGUGAUAUAAUUCUGAUUGUUUCAUUAUUAACACUUUAAUAUACACCAUUAUUUGACCAUUUCUGUGGAACGUGUGUGAAACAAUAAAAUAAAUCUCUUAAUAUGAAUUUAAUUUGUUUUUCAUUUUGUCCUGGGGUACACAGACCUUUGCACACAACUACAUUGUCUGUAAAGUGGUGUAUAUAAUAUAUUAAGUGAAAGAUUAGAUUAAGACUGCUGGGGAGUAGGGGUGUAAUGAUGCUUCGUGAAAAAAAUGUGAUGAUGUGCAUCAUGGAAAUGUGUGAUUCACAUUGUGGGAAUCAGCAUUCUAUUCAAUUUUUUUUUUUUUUUUUUAAAGUCCCUUGUAAUAAUGCUAUUGCACUGUUUGAACAGCAGAAGUCCCAAUCUACACAACCCAUAGAGUUAAAAUAUAUAGAGCAUGCGCUGGGCCUGAUAGCUCCAUAUCACAAUGACCGACACACAAUAUAGGUUAUAUGGUUACACAAGCAUGUUAAAAAAGAGCUUUUCAGUAGCUUUCAAGCAACCCCAGCCCCAUCCCACUGUGAUCUAUCCUGCCCUAGAAAAAAUUUCUGGAACUCGGGCAUUUUAACCGACUUUGGAGCUCUAUUUGUGGUUAAAAUGAUGCCUCAGGCACUGCUCCAGUGCUCAUUAUGUUUCAACCAGUCAUUUUUUUCCCCAGGUCAGAGACUGUGUUUGUUCAAAAUUUGGUGAGGAAUUAUCAAUAUCUUUAUUAAGAUAUGUUGAACCUGUAAUAUAUUUUGAUUACAAUAUUAAUCUGCUGUUUGCAGCAACUUGAUUUAUUUAGUUUUAUACAGACUUUUUGCAUUGUUUACACUUCAGAAAUUUUAAAAAAAAGGUCACUAUUUUUCAGUCAUGAUUUUCCUUCAUUCAAAUUUUGUUCAAAAUAUUCUGAGAAUUGAAUUGAAUCGAAUAAUGACAAGAGUGUAUCAUUACAUCCCUAAUGGGAAGAGAUUCAGCAUAUGGGGGAAGGGUGACUACAAGUUUGUUACAGAGGCCAGCCACAAAGGGUAGGAAUGCCUUGAGAAUGCUUGAGAAAAGGGAGAAAGAGUAAGAAGGCGGGAAUGAGAGGAGGAGACAUUGGUAGAGACGAGGAGGAGGGAGUGGAGAAGUGUAUGUGUGUGUGUACAUGUGGCUGGAGCACAGACUGUUGAAUGAGACGGCCUUGUGCGACUUCAAUCUGUUCAUUCUCUCUCCACUAGAGCACAAGUCCAAUGAAAGUGUGUGUGCAUAUGUGAGAGUGCUGACAGGCAUCCAAGUUAGCCCACAAAUAAUUGAGCAGCUGGAGCAGAACACACAAAAAAGGCAUUCCUUAUAAUUCGUACCUUUGUCUGCCGGGACUCCUUCUCUCGUUUUCUUCACUGCCAUGAGAUUAGUAAGACUCUGGAGAGCUGGGCUUCUCCACUUUCUGCUUUGGCUCCUCCUGAGCUUCUUGCAUACAGAUGCCCACCCGCAAUGCCUGGACUACAAGCCUCCUUUCCAACCUCAGGAGCCGCUGCGCUUCUGCAAAGAGUAUUCCAAGUUUGGCUGCUGUGAUUUGGAACAAGACAAACAGAUUUCAUACAGAUUUGACCAAAUUAUGGACUACUUUGAUCACUCUGGUUUCAUGGCCUGCGGGAAGUACAUCCGCAGCAUCCUGUGCCAGGAAUGUUCUCCUUAUGCAGCUCACCUGUAUGAUGCUGAGGAUGCAAAUACUCCCAUGCGUGAGCUCCCCGGCCUUUGCCGUGACUACUGCUCUGAUUUCUGGCAUCACUGCCGUUACACACUUAGUCUGCUGACAGACAACAACAUCACUGCCAUCAUUGAGGAGGAUCGGGAAAAAUUCUGUGACCAUUUGGAGCUGAAGGAUCCAGAGUACUGCUAUCCCAACGUUCUCACCAGCGACGAGUUAAACGCUAAUCUGGGCAACGUUCAAGCUGAUCCCAAGGGCUGCAUUCAGCUUUGCCUACAGGAAGUAGCAAAUGGCCUGCGUAAUCCAGUGGCAAUGGUGCAUGCAAAUGACGGCACACACAGAUUCUUCAUAGCUGAGCAGCUGGGAUAUGUAUGGACUUACCUCCCAAAUGGUUCAAGGAUUGACAGGCCCUUCCUAAAUCUCACCAAAGCGGUGUUGACCUCCCCGUGGGCUGGGGAUGAACGUGGAUUUCUCUGUAUUGCCCUGCAUCCUAGGUUCAGCAUGGUCAAGAAGGCAUAUGUCUAUUACUCUGUAUCUGUGAGCAAGCAGGAGAGGAUAAGGAUCAGCGAGUUCCUUUUGUCAGACACGGAUAUGAACAUGCUGGAUCACUCAUCUGAAAGGACCCUUUUGGAACUUGUGGAACCGGCAUCAAACCACAACGGAGGCCAGCUUCUGUUUGGUUUGGACGGCUACCUUUAUAUCUUCAUAGGAGAUGGAGGAAAAGCAGGAGACCCUUUUGGCAAGUUUGGGAAUUCCCAAAACAAAUCUACUUUACUAGGCAAAGCUCUACGAAUUGAUGUGGACAACAACGAUGAUGGUGCCCCAUACAGUAUCCCCUCUGAUAACCCUUUCAUUGGGGAGAAAGAAACAAAGCCAGAGAUCUACGCCUACGGAGUCAGGAACAUGUGGCGCUGUUCCAUUGACAGAGGAGACCCGAUCACGGGCCAAGGACAGGGCCGCAUGUUCUGUGGAGAUGUUGGCCAGAACAAGUAUGAAGAAGUGGAUAUGAUUGAAAAAGGGGGCAACUAUGGAUGGAGGGCAAAAGAAGGGUUCUCCUGUUAUGACAAUAAACUCUGUUUAAACUCCUCUUUGGAUGACAUCCUACCAAUUUUUGCUUAUCCACAUAAAAUUGGGAGGUCAGUGACUGGUGGUUAUAUCUACAGGGGCUGUGAGAUGCCAAACCUUAAUGGUCUCUACAUCUUUGGGGAUUUCAUGAGCGGACGACUCAUGUCGCUUAACGAGAACCCAGACACUGGAAAAUGGGACUACACCGAAAUAUGCAUGGGCAAGGACAAGACAUGCCGCUUUCCAAGACUGAUCAACAGCUACUACAAGUACAUCAUAUCGUUUGGUGAAGAUGAGGCAGGUGAGCUAUAUUUCCUAGCCACAGGAACGCCGAGUGCAGCUUCCAGAGCCGGAGUAGUGUACAAGAUAGUGGAUCCAUCCAGGCGAGCACCUCCAGGCAAGUGCAGCAUCAAACCCACUCCUGUUCAGAUAAAGGGCAAACUGAUUCACUUCCAUCCUAAAGCAGAGUUUGUGAUCAACAAAAAACCUACAACCACUGCCUCCCCCAAAACCAAAGCAACUACUAAACCCAGCACAACCAUGGUUCAGGCCACACCAAGAAAACAUACGACUGCCUCUCCAAGGAUCCUUACCCAAAAGCCGAAAUUAAGUGCACCAACUCAGAAAUCAAGGAAACCUACACAAAAACCACAGAUUCCUGCACCGAAGCCAACUUUCAAACCACUAAUGACAAACCCUACUGUUCUUAGGAGACAUCAGUCACCAACUGGGACUGUGCACCCACUCCAGAGCACUACACUGAGGCCACAGUAUAUCACCACUUUGAAAGUGAGAUCAGAAACUACACCUCGUAGGACUCCUCAACCAACCACAUUACGUCCAUCUACCAAGCAACCACACAUUUCCAGCAACACCCAUUCAUAUUGGCCUGCCUCUAUAAGCACCACCACCAGACCUGUAUACUGGACUUCAGCCUCCCUCAAGACAUCCCUACCAACAGAGAGGCCUAACAAAAGAGGCAGGGGGCAAGGCAGAAAAAAUGGCCAAAGAAGAGGUAAAGGGGGUGGCAGAAGGUCUCGCAGCGGGAAGGUGAGACUUGUUAGUCCUGAUCCGAAACAGUCAGAUCGUGGACGAGUGGAGAUCUUCGUGAGGGGUGAGUGGGGGACGGUGUGUGAUGACCUAUUUGACAAUAAGGCAGCAACAGUGGUGUGCAAGCAGCUGGGAUUUGCUAGAGCACUGAGGGUAGCGAAGCCUGGCGAAAUGGGACGUGUGGCCACUAACCUCCGGAUCCUACUGGAUGAUGUGGAAUGUGAGGGAACGGAGAGGACACUGCUGCACUGCCAACACGCUACAGUCGGCAAUCACAACUGCUCACAUGCGGAGGAUGUAGGGGUGGUGUGUAGCUCCGAAGAGGAGAAUGCUGUCAAGUGAUGACCAUUUCCCAGUCCACUCUUGAAUGACUGAAAACAUUGGUCUUGCUCUUGAUUUGUUUGUAAAAUGGUUAUGAAAUACUUCAGCACCAUCAAUCUCAGCCUAAUUUUAAAUAUGUGCAGAGAAUUACUUUUUAAAUGAAUAUUGAC